UGAACAGGGAACUGAUGCCAAUUUAAAAUUUGACCUACUCAUGAUAAUACCUUUGUGAGGGUGUUUGAAAACAGUUACCUUCAGGAAACAGUGCACCAUGAUUGCAGGAACCAUCUAAAAACAGAUGGAUUAUUACAGAGAUCAAAAAUAUUGUAAACAGAGAAGAGAAAUGUAUCUUGUAGUCAGAAGGAGUAAUGAUGCAGAAACAGUCAAACACUAUAAAAACUGCUAUGUAUUACGAAAAACUGUUAAAAAGUUCAGAAAUAUGUGCAUUAUGUCUGAGAUUUGCACAUCUGAUAAUAGAGUUAAAACAAUUUGGAAUAUUGUUAAAAGGGAAACAGGGCAACCAAGAGUACAAGAAGACUGUCUUUCUAUCAAACUCAAUAAAAAUGGACACACAAAAAUCUACUCACCAAGCCAUGGCACAGGAACACACACAAACAGAUUUAACUUUGAAGGGGAAGGAAGAGGUGUGAAGGAAAAGGACUGGAGAGGUUUAAGAAGUGGGGUACAGUUUAAAAAAGUCACCCAUAGCCCCUGGUCAGAGGAGACUUACCAGACAGGAUGAGACGAAAAUAUUGAUUGUUGAGAACUGCACUGGAUAUAAACCUUAGAGCUUAAAGCUCUCAGGUUUUCAAAUCUCAUACGGUGCAGUUCCUAACAAUCGGUCUUUCCUUCUCUUUUAAGCUCUCAGUCCCCAACAAUCAGUAUUUUGUUCCCAUCCCAUCUUGUAAGUCUUCUCUGACCUGGGAUUCUGGUGACUUUUCUAAACUCUAGUCCUUUCCCUUCACCUCUCUUCUUUCCUCUUUCUACUCUUCCACAAGAAGAUGGAGCCACUGGCCCCAAAAGACUGUAAAAUUUCAAUCCUUUUAUGAGUAUGUUCCCUGCCGCCGCUUAGUGAGUAGAUAUUUUUAUCUGUCCAUUUACAUUAUAUUACCAGUAACUGAUUAUUUUUGUUGUUAUAAACUAAAUGAACAGUUUGUUAACAGACUGUCAGAAGUGGAAAAUAUUUUUUAAUAACCAUUUUUAAGUGUUGUACGGAAAAUAGGAUCCAGCUAUUCAUUAGAAAAUGCAAGAAUGUGUAUGGAAGAGGCAAUGCCUAUACAAUUUGAUAAAACUGAAAUUCAGCCUACCUUUCCUACAGAAAUUACCAAAAUAAUAAAUUCACUCAAAAGUGAAAGCUUACAUGGAAUUUACAAUUUGAUAAAACUGAAAUUCAGCCUACCUCUCCUACAGAAAUUACCAAAAUAAUAAAUGCACUCAAAAGUGAAAGCUUACAUGGAAUUGAUGUCAUUUCCCUGAGUACUAAAAACUUGUUCCCAACAGAUAAGUAUGAUUCUCAGCCACGUAUGUAGUGGCCCACUAACAGAUAACUAACCAACAUUUAAAAACAAAUUAAAAGAAUUUCAGAAUGACAACUCAUUCUACUGAAUAGAUGAAUUUCUAGAUAUGAAGAAGAAACUGAAAAAACAAGUGUAAAGAAAACUUAUGUUAAACUGACACAUCCCACUUCAUUACGAAAUGUUGUAUUCGUGAUCUAUUGAACCCAUACUAAUAUAAUGCACUGCAACUUCAUUAAGUGCAAAAUGAAUGUCUAGAUGUGUAAGAAUGGGAUUAUAUGAUAAAAUUCAGUUUUGGCUAAAAAUUACAUAGUGGUUCCCCUUGCAGUUUCGUACCUUAUGUAUAACAUAUCGAAUAUGUAUUAAAAUAUUCGUUAUAGAUUUAUCCAUUACUUAACACUCGUUUCCCACUUUACCUCGCAGUUUUAAGUUUUGGUUAAAGGCACAUUAAAUAUGUGCGCUACAAGUCAGCCUGAUACCACACAGGCCUACUUUCUUUUGAAUUCACAUUCGUUGGCUUUGUCAACUCACAAGCAAACUAUGACCUUUCAACCUAACCAAGACUUCAAGCUAUGCUACACAUCAAUUUGUCAACACAAUCAAAAUUUUGAAGGGGGUCCAACAUCAUCACACUUCGCCCCACCUCAGUAUGAAACCUUAUGAACGAUACCAAAGUCUGUUACCUUAAAAGUAUUGGAUAAUGGGAAGUGCCAAGGAAUUGAUAAGGAUAAAUAUUACAUAACAUGAAUACCCAUCCGAAUCUUGCACAAAAAUUGGUUAGGCAUAUUAAAUUUGUUGCUCUAAGGCGAGAUUUACACAACAUGAAAAUUAGUGUCUUUAAUAUAUCACAGACACACCGCGCGUUGGGCAAUAGUCAACUAAUGUCUUUCUUGCGUUGCAAGCUCUAAUAAACAAACGCAUGGAGAAUGGAAGGUCUCUCUUGUAAUACGUUGAAGCGAAGUUUCUUUUUCCAUAGAUUUCGAUAAUACUGACAAUCAGAAGUCACUUCAAAUCGCACAAUACAAACAAAUGAACGACCUCCAAAAAACAAUAAUGUAAACUGAGUCAAUAUUUGAAUACAGUACACUUGUUUACUUAGAGCAUAGCUCGUAGAAAUCAAUUAAUCCCAACAACGCACAUCCACGAUACACGCUUUCACUAGAACGUCGGUUAUUUCAUUAUUUCCAUCGGCAGUACAAGUGAAAAAUAAACAAACACUAUAGUGCUCAUGGCUCAUAGAAACUAACAAACGUAAACAAAACACAAGGUCAGGUACAGCACAUUUCAUGAAAGCUUCAAAACAGUAUACAUUCAUUACAUUAUAAACUUCAAUGCCCAUUUUCCGUAUUUUUCCCUUCCAGCUCAUAAUAAUGAAUCUUGUUCCCAGGGUUUUCUUUUUUCUCCUCUCUGGCUGCACAUUCUGUAUUCCUCCUUGUCCAUAGACUUUACAUUUAGUUGUUCAAAUCUUCUGUCCAGGACAUCACGUGGUCUCUGCCACCCACGUCUGGAUUGUGGGUAAACAACAGGCACACGAUCCAGAUCGCAGAGAUACUUAGAUCGGCUGCCAGGAAGCCAUAUUCACCGAGUGAUGUCUGCACAUUCACGGACACAGGAGAGCGAUGCUUGGGCUCUUUUAGCCCUAAAAUCGGCACCAGCUAGCCCUUCGAAGCUGCAAUGGAGUUCAGAAAGCAAAGGAACAGCAAUUGCUCGAUUAGAAGGGAGGGAAUUCGAAUAUAUGGUGCGACAGAAGAGGAUUACUAUUGGUCGGAACAGUUCGCGAGGCGAGGUCGAUGUAAACAUGGGACAUUCAAGUUUUAUUUCUAGAAAACACAUAGAGAUUUUCUUCGAACAUCCUCAUUUUUAUAUGUCCUGCAGUGGGAAGAACGGCGUUUUUGUGGAUGGCGUUUUUCAAAGGAAAGGAGCGCCUUCGUUGCAGUUACCUAAAGCGUGUACUUUCCGGUUUCCAAGCACAAAUAUAAGGUUGUUUUUCCAGUCGCUUGUUGAUGAAGCAGAUCCUCCAGUAGCUGUACGGCAACUGUCUCCAACAAAACCACGUGCUCCCCUACCACCACUUAGAAUAAAUAUACCAGAUCCGGAUGCAAGUUUCAGCAGCCCAUUCCCUUCUCCAACAGGCACUAUUAGUGCUGCCAACUCGUGCCCAGCUAGUCCCCGAGGAAGCCAUGGAAAACGCAAUAUUAGUGCAGAUCUUCAGAUGGUGGCAGCGUAUGCAGCAGCAGCUGUUGCUAGUAGUGGCCCACAUUCUGUUGUUAAUACGGUCACUGUCGCUACAUCAAGCUGUGAUGAUAGGCCAGACAAUGGUUCCUCUAGUCAUAGUGGCCUUGCAACCUUGACAUCAAGCCCAGAAAAUCAACACAGUUCUGGUGUGGACACCAUGGGCAAUGGCCACAAAGUGUACAGACAAGGUGGUCACAAUGGCACAACUACAUGUCCUCCACCAACUGUGGUCGAACCUUGCAGUCCACCAAAGGACGAUACAAAACCACCAUAUUCAUAUGCCCAGCUAAUUGUACAAGCCAUUGCUUCAGCACCAGACAAGCAACUAACACUUAGUGGUAUAUAUUCGUAUAUUACCAAAAACUAUCCUUAUUAUCGCACAGCUGACAAGGGUUGGCAAAACUCCAUCAGACACAAUCUCUCACUCAACCGAUAUUUUAUUAAAGUUCCACGUUCGCAAGAAGAACCGGGGAAAGGUUCUUUCUGGCGCAUUGAUCCACAGUCUGAAGCAAAACUGAUUGAACAAGCAUUUCGCAGAAGAAAACAGAGGGGAGUAUCCUGCUUUCGAGCACCCUUCGGUCUGUCUUCAAGGAGUGCUCCUGCUUCUCCAAGUCAUGUUGGUGUAAGUGGAUUGAUGACACCAGAGUCCCUUUCUCGAGAAGGCUCACCAGCACCCGAACAGUAUCCUGAAUGCUCUGUCCCAUCACCGGCAGUCCAUAGCUCACACCUAGAGGUCAAGACCAGCCAGUCAGCUCCUGGUUCUCCUGGAAACUCUGGUGUCACUUUUGUGACAAGCAGUGUUACUGGGCAACCACAGCAAGUCACAGUAAUGGGAAAAUCACGGAUCAUGUUGCCAGCACAGCAGAUUGCUGUGGUUACCAAUGGAGUGAGUGGAGAAGUUACUAGAGAAGAGAAGUACCUAAUGCCAAACAGCACUACCACCCUUGUGAGUAUAGCUGAGGAACGCUCGUUGUCCCCAGCUACUUUUACGCCAGCUCCUGUCAUUGUGCAGGCUGCAUACUCUAAUUACAGUAACUCGUACGUCACAACUACCACCUCUGCUGAACAAUCUCCCCAGCAAACAACUGUUAAGAGGGAACUUGAGGUGGUUGAGGAGGCUGACACAACAUUAGAAGAAGAAAGUAAAAAGAAGAUGAGGAUUGAGAACAGUCAAGAUGUCUCAGGAGAUAAAUGAUGAAUGUUUGAGACGUUUGUGUGGUGAAGAACAGCAUGUUCUAGUCCACUUCAUACGGUACCAAGUGUAGUUCUCAUUUAAUAGUGAACACUGUUAUCAUGACUGACUGUUACAUCAAUUUUAAAUCCUUUCUUAACUCAGUUUAUUUUUAAAUGUCAGCAGUUGUUCCUUCCCUGUCCUAUCCUUCCCUCUUCAUUCAUUUUAUACCUAGUUUAUUAGGAUUGUGUGACAUCAAUAGUGUAAACAGUGGAUUAAUUGUCACAAAGUACAAGGAGUUUAAUUUUUGUAGCAGAAACCUGUUAUUGGCCGCAGGUGAGGCCAAUGUUAUUAUGAAUCAGUAUUUUGCUUGUUUGUGUUAUACAAGGAAAAGAGGUACUGGUAAAGGCUAGCACAGAAUUCUUUACCUUCUUUGGUUCCUGUUCUUAAGUAAAAGUUUUAAGUUGCAACUCAGAGUCACUUCAUUGAUUAUGAAGAAAUCUUUAUUGUACUUGUAUUUCCAGGAACAAAAUGCAAGUAACACCAGUACAAAUCUGAAUGAAUCCUACAGUAAUUUUUUAGUUCUUUUUUGAAAAUGUGAGUGCAGUGGGUAUAUUUGACUUUUCUUGUAACAGAAAAUGAAAUGUCUGAUGUUUUUCAUGUGAAUAGUUUACACUAUAAAAAUAUUAUAAUCUUAAAUAUAAAAAAACUUAUCACUGAGAACAAAACGCCAUGAUAAAAUGCUUUUUGGUAUGAAGUAAACACCUGAAGCAUUCACAAGUGCUGAAAAAACCUUGCCUUAAAAUAUUUAAUCAUUCAAAAUGAAAUUCAGCAGAAUAUUCAAUCCAAGACUCAACUGUGAAUGAACUUGGGCAUUACGUGUUAGAAUAAUGUGAUCGUUGGAACUAGUUUUAACUUACGGUAAGGACGUAGAGUAAAAAUUCUCAACUAAUGAUCAUAAAAUUAUUUAGUUGCAGUUAGUUUUGAGUGAAUUUUAUACGAGACACAUUUCAGUGAUUUUCAUUGAACUGAAAUAGUUCAGCAUCCAUGUGAGAGCUUUUAGUUAUACUUAUUUUUCAAUUUAAAGUUUCUGUUACAGAAAUUUCUCAAUCGUUAUGCAAAUAUGAACUACAGCAAGAACUGUAGACAGGUAUGUGGAAGUUUAUCUUGCUUAUUUAUAAUGUUCCACAAUGCAAAAUGUAGGAAAAGAAAAUAUAACAUUUGUAUACAUUUAAUGUUUACAGACUGCAGCCUCAUACAUAAUCACCAGAUUAAUAGUUAUUGGAAGUGGAAAAUUUUUAUAAAUGGCUAAAUAUAUGCAUUAUGAGAAGAAAUAGUUUCUUUAAAAAUAAAAGCCUAUACCAGUUUUGUUUUUUACUGUAUUCAGAUGUAUUAGUAGAUGUGACACCUUUAAUAAUAAUGAUACCAUUGUUAACAAUUUCUCAGUUCUGCCUUAAACUUGUUAAUGGUGACUACACUAAGCAAUGCAAUAACUGUUGUUUCAUCACAUGGUGCUAGUGUGCUGUUGAAGCUGUGAUGUCUCAUUGCUUUCAUGCUGUGCAGUUCGAAGGUCCAUACUGAAGGAAAUUGUUCUACAUUGUGGUUCCUUCCCCUUAUCAUAACAAUUUGAUGUACAUAUAUUUUGGAAGUUCAGAAUUAACUGAUACUACGUUACAUCUACCAAAUACUGAAAUAAAACCUGUGGCGCUUUAUUGUUGGAAAGAAAAUAUUAAAGUACAAUGUUAGAUGAAAUGCUUUUAGGACACCAGGUCUUGUUAACACAACUUGUUGUGGGGAAGAAUAACUUUUGUGUCAUAUUUUGUCAAAUAAUGUAGAUUUGCUUGUACAACGUUGUAAAUGUUAUGAUUCUUUUGUUAGGUAAAGAGUGAAAAAAUGAGAUACCAUUAUUUACUUAUGAAUAUAUAUAUGGUAACAUGUAUAGAUUUAUAGUGUCUUCAUUGUUUCUUAUUUCUGUGAUUGGUACACUAGUGAAGAGAUUAUUUUGAAAAGUGUGAUUGUUUCUUGUGCUCAUUAGUUUCAGUCCUUGUUAUAAAUUCUGAAUUCUAUGUAUAUUUUUACAUGCAUUCAGUAGCUGCUUGUGGCGUGGAAUAUACAUGUCAUUACACCACACAGAAAAUUUACUAAAUGCUUAAAAUAAUUGUAGAAUAUUCAUCCUGAAUGCAGGUCCCUUAUUCUGUAUAUAUCAUUGUAGAUAGACACUUUCAACAGCUGUUGUUUAUUUUAAUAAUAAAAGUCCUUUAAAAUAAUGGAACAGUAACUUAGACAACACACCUGUAGUCACAUAUUCUUGUUCUGUUUCUGAGUGCUAUUGUUUGACAAGAAUUACAUUAAUCUCUCUGUCUCUCUCUCAAGUAAAAAGUAUCCAGAAAUAAAACUAAAAACAGUCGGCAGUGCUGAGAA